GUUCCUACUUGCCCGGUAGCGAGCAUACCUAGUCGGCGGAGGCGUCAUGAGGGCCCCGGUUCGGGGUCGAGUCACGAACGGUGGCGAGGACAGCACGGACAGCACCCCGCUCCUGCACAGCCCCCGGCAGACCGAAGCUGCUCCAGUGUGCUGCUCUGCUCGUUACAAUUUAGCAAUUUUGGCCUUUUUUGGUUUCUUCGUUCUCUAUGCAUUACGUGUGAAUUUGAGUGUCGCAUUAGUGGAUAUGGUAGAUUCAAAUACAACCUUAGCAGCUAAUAGGACUUCCCAGGAGUGUGCAGAGCAUUCUGCUCCCAUCAAUGUUCCUCGUAGUCAAACGGGUAAAAAGUAUCAGUGGGAUGCAGAAACUCAAGGAUGGAUCCUCGGCUCUUUUUUCUACGGCUACAUUAUCACACAGAUCCCCGGGGGCUACAUGGCCAGCAAAGUCGGGGGGAAACUGCUCCUGGGAGUGGGCAUCCUGGGCACCGCUGUCUUCACCCUGUUCACUCCACUCGCUGCAGACUUGGGAGUUGGAGCUCUCAUUGUGCUCAGAGCGCUGGAAGGACUAGGAGAGGGCGUUACCUUUCCAGCUAUGCAUGCCAUGUGGUCUUCUUGGGCUCCCCCUCUUGAAAGAAGCAAGCUCCUGAGCAUUUCCUAUGCAGGAGCACAGCUUGGAACCGUGAUUUCUCUUCCUCUUUCUGGAAUAAUUUGCUAUUAUAUGAAUUGGACUUACGUCUUCUACUUUUUCGGCAUAGUUGGAAUUUUUUGGUUUAUUUUAUGGAUAUGGAUAGUUAGUGAUACGCCAGAAACUCACAAGACAAUCUCCCAUUAUGAAAAAGAAUACAUUCUUUCAUCAUUAAAAAAUCAGCUUUCUACACAGAAGUCAGUGCCAUGGAUACCCAUAUUAAAGUCACUACCGCUCUGGGCGAUUGUAGUUGCACAUUUUUCUUACAACUGGACUUUUUACACUUUAUUGACAUUAUUGCCUACUUACAUGAAGGAAAUCCUAAGGUUCAAUGUUCAAGAGAAUGGGCUUUUAUCUGCAGUGCCAUAUUUCGGCUGUUGGUUGUGUAUGAUCCUGUCUGGUCAAGCUGCUGAUACUUUAAGGGCAAAAUGGAAUUUUUCAACUAUAUGUGUUCGCAGACUUUUUACACUUAUAGGAAUGAUGGGACCUGCAGCAUUCCUGGUAGCUGCUGGGUUCAUAGGCUGUGACUAUUCUCUGGCCGUUGCUUUCCUAACCGUCUCAACCACACUGGGAGGCUUCUGCUCCUCUGGAUUCAGCAUCAACCAUCUGGAUAUUGCUCCUUCGUAUGCUGGCAUUCUCCUCGGCAUCACAAACACAUUUGCCACCAUUCCAGGAAUGAUUGGCCCCGUCAUUGCUAAAAGCCUAACCCACCAUAACACUGUUAGAGAAUGGCAAAUUGUUUUCUGUAUCGCUGCUGCUAUUAAUGUAUUUGGUGCCAUUUUCUUCACACUAUUCGCCAAAGGUGAAGUACAAACCUGGGCUCUCGACAAUCGCCACGGACAUGGACACUGAAGGAACCAGUAAAUAAUCCUCACUGUAUUAAUGUAUUUUUAUUUAUCAUGUAACCAAAAGUGCCUUUGCUAUUUUACUGUGUGAACAGUCUAAAUACCAAAAAAAAAAAAAUUAUACCUGUAUUAAAUGUUCAUGGCCUAUAAUCAUGAAAUGUCACUACUUAUGAGAUUAGCCAAUUAGCUAUUUUAAUGAUUAACAAUACUUGUGCUGGACCUUGUGUUAGUUUCACACACCUGGCUACAAGUCCAGCAACAUGGAGUAAAGGACUUGUACUAAUUGUGAAGGGCCUUACCUAAGGGAAGGAGCUGAAACAGGCCCUGCCCCCCUCACCUCUGCUUAAUGAAACCAGCUAGUAAUUCGCAGUGCUGGGGGAACAACUGCUUUUUGACUACUUUCUGUUAUCUCACCUGACAGCCAGGCCUCCCACUUGCGCACCCAGGGAGCUGCCAGAUCAUGGUACUGCAUAACCCCUGGCAAGCGGGCUGAGGGAAGCGUGCCCAGGCAGCCACCAGGCACUGCCUCCCUGGCUUGAGGGAGUGCAUGCGAGCAGCCAUCGGAGGCAGCCUGCAAGCGAGGUUGGUGCCAAGCCUCAGAGUGCUGUCCUGCCUCCCAGGGCAGGUCCUGCGCAAGGAGGGAGCAGUGAGAGCCAGCUAGGAUGGCGGGUGCUGCUGCUCAGACCCCGUGCCCAACAGGGAGCAAGGCUGGCAUGUAACCUGCAGGAGAAAACUGAAACCAGACAAAUCGCAAAUACCAUCUCUGAUUAAAACUGCUUUCUCAUGGGUCAGAAUGUAAAUUUCCAAUUUCUAUGUUUCUUGAGCUACCCUAGAAUGUUUCUUAAGGAAUUUUAUUCACCUUUUUUUUAAAUCUCUUUAUGUAAGCUUCUGUUUGCAGUUUAAAUUUAAAAUGACUGUUAAAGGCCGUAUCAACCAAAACCAGUGCAAUCAUCUUUACCUUUGGUUCCUAAAAUCAUGUUUUUCCAGUCUUUUUCUGGACUUUCUUCUGGUGGCUUUUGAACACUUACGGAAUUUAAAACUUGAUUUAUGUUGUGUUGGGCUUGUUUAACACCACAUGUAACCUUUUAAUUAAAGCUGUUCGGUGUAACAUGAUGUGAAUAUAUUUAUGUAAAUUUAUUUUUAAAUGUAUAAAUAGCUUUAAGUUGCUCUGGUGAGAUUUCUUUUAUAAAUCAUCAAAAUAAAUCUUUUUUUUGCAUUG